AUGCUUCGUCAGCUAAGCAGCAUCCUUGCCGCCUCCACCCUCCUGGUGGGUAUUGUCUCUGCGCAACAGGCCCCGACUCUUCCCAGCUGUGCUACCGACUGCGUGAGCAGUCUCCUCCCCGCCAGCUGCAACGGCAAUCCAACAUGUAUCUGCAACACCGCGUCCUUCCUCAACGGCAUCGCCUGCUGCGUCUUUGAGGCGUGUGAUCCUACAGAUCAAACGGCCGCUCUGGCUUAUGCGCACAGCAUCUGUGACCCCGUCGGCGCUUCUUCGCUUUUGCCUGCGUCGGCAACCUGCACCUCAACGACGACCUCGACCGGCACCACCACCUCUUCGGCUUCCGGCUCUGGCGCCGCCGGCAGCUCCAGCGAUGCUAGUGUUUCCUCUGCCUCUGCUUCAGCCUCCAGCGCCAGCGCCAGCGUUUCCUCUUCGCUGAGCAGUGUCUCCGCGUCCGCCAACUCCGCCGCGUCCAGUGCCAGCGCGGCUGCCUCUUCCGCCACAGGCAGUGUCAGUCAAGUCUCUUCGGCGACUGCCAGCCCCACGGGUGCUGCGAAUCAAGUGGCGAUUGGGUUUGGUGCCAUCGGAGCUGGGAUGUUGGGUUUGGCAGCCAUGUUGUAG